AUGCUUUUUAGCAGAUCUAGAUCUGGAGGAUGGAUGGUGUCGUUCGCGGCUAUCAUUUACGCAAUGUUCCUGGUGGCACUUCCAUUGGCGUCGCAAUCGUCGCGUUCGUCUAGUGGGUUCGCCAGAGCUGCGGAUGAGGUGGAAGAGUACGGUACGGUGAUCGGUAUCGAUCUGGGAACAACAUAUUCGUGUGUUGCAGUGAUGAAAAACGGGAAAACGGAAAUUUUGGCUAACGAACAGGGUAACAGAAUUACACCUUCUUACGUGGCCUUUACCGAUGAAGAAAGACUGAUCGGUGACGCAGCCAAGAACCAGGUUGCCUCAAACCCUCACAACACGGUUUUCGACGUGAAAAGACUGAUCGGCCUCAAAUACACCGACGACUCCGUACAAAAAGAUAUCAAGCAUUUGCCCUUCAAAGUCGUCAACAAAGAUGGCAAACCAGUGGUGCAAGUGGAGGUGAAGGGCACGCAAAAAGUGUUCACACCCGAGGAAAUCUCGGCCAUGAUUUUGGGUAAGAUGAAGCAAAUCGCGGAGGACUACCUAGGCAAAAAAGUUACCCACGCCGUCGUGACCGUUCCAGCGUAUUUCAAUGACGCCCAGAGACAAGCCACCAAGGAUGCCGGUACCAUUGCCGGUCUCAACAUCUUGAGAAUUGUUAACGAACCUACCGCCGCUGCCAUUGCUUACGGUCUGGACAAAUCCGAGGAAGAGCACCAGAUCAUCGUGUACGACCUCGGUGGUGGUACCUUCGACGUGUCAUUGUUGUCGAUUGAAGGUGGUGUUUUCGAGGUCCAAGCCACUGCCGGUGACACCCAUCUAGGUGGUGAAGAUUUUGAUUACAGAAUCGUUCGUCAUUUUAUGCAAUUGUUCAAGAAGAAGCACAACAUCGAUGUCAGCAAGAACAGCAAGGCCUUGGCCAAGCUCAAGAGAGAAGCUGAGAAGGCCAAGCGUACUUUGUCCAACCAAAUGUCGACGCGUGUAGAAAUUGACUCUUUUGUUGACGGUAUCGACUUCAGUGAAACUCUAACGAGAGCUAAAUUCGAAGAAUUGAACUUGGCUUAUUUCAAGAAGACAUUGAAACCUGUCGAAAAAGUCUUGGCGGAUGCUGGUGUUAACAAGGAGGACAUUGACGACGUUGUGUUGGUUGGUGGUUCUACCAGAAUUCCAAAGGUCCAAAGCUUGCUGGAAUCCUACUUCGGGGGCAAGAAGGCUUCUAAGGGUAUCAACCCUGACGAAGCUGUUGCAUACGGUGCUGCUGUUCAGGCCGGUGUUUUGUCCGGUGAAGAAAGCGUGGAAGAUAUUGUUCUUUUGGAUGUCAACGCUCUAACUAUGGGUAUUGAGACCACUGGUGGUGUCAUGACUCCUUUGAUCAAGAGAAACACUGCUAUCCCAACCAAGAAGUCCCAGAUGUUCUCGACGGCCGUCGACAACCAGCCAACUGUGAUGAUUCAGGUCUACGAGGGUGAAAGAGCUAUGGCCAAGGACAACAACAGACUCGGAGAAUUUGAGCUAACUGGCAUUCCCUCUGCACCAAGAGGUGUUCCACAGAUCGAAGUUACAUUUGCGCUAGACGCCAAUGGUAUUUUGAAGGUCUCUGCCACCGACAAGGGCACUGGUAAGUCAAACUCUAUCACCAUCACCAACGACAAGGGCAGAUUGACUCCAGAUCAGAUUGAAAAGAUGAUGGAGGAAGCCGAAAAAUACGCUUCUGAAGAUGCAGAAGUGAGGGCCAAGAUUGAAGCUCGUAACCAAUUGGAAAACUACGCUCACUCUUUGAAAAAUCAAGUCAACGGAGAAUUGGCCGACAAGUUUGAGGAAGAAGACAAGGAAACCUUGUUGGACGCUGCCAACGAUGCCCUGGAAUGGAUCGAGGACAACUUCGACACCGCCGUGGCUGAAGACUUCAAAGAGAAGUUCGAAUCUUUGUCUCAAGUCGCCUACCCAAUAACCUCGAAGCUAUAUGGUAGCGCAGGUGCUACCGGUGCCGAUGGGGAAGAUGAAGAUGAAGACGAAGACGACGACUACUUCGAUCAUGAUGAAUUGUAA